AUGGCCUCCUCUUCUGUCGCUACGCAAUCCAACCUGGUGUCCAACGCCAACGUCGCCGCGUCCACCGUGUCGUCUUUGUCCGGCUCCGAAGCGUCGUCUGUUUCGUCCGCGGUUUCGUCCGUGAAAUCGUCUCUGUCGUCCGCCGCGUCGUCCAAGUCGUCGUCCGUGUCGUCCGUGGAAUCGGCCAGUUCGUCGUCCGCGACAUCCAGCUCGUCCGCCAGCGCCAGCAGCGCCGCGGUCGCCAACGUCGUGGCCAACCCGGUGUCGUGGAAGUUCGGCGUGCUGCUGGGCGCCACCAUGGUGGGCUCGUUCGUGCUGGGCUCGGGCUUGUGA